CAAAAUAAUGCCAUUUGCAGCAACACGGAUGCAACUGGAGAUUAUCAUACUAAGUGAAGUAAGUCAGAAAGAGAAAGACAAAUACCGUAUGAUAUCACUUUUAUGUGGAGUCUAAAAUAUGGCACAAAUGAAUCUACCUACAAAACAGAAACAGGCUCACAGACACACAGAUCAGACUUGUGGUUGCCAAGGGGGAGGGGAGGAUGGAGAAGGAUGAACUGGGAGUUUGGGGUUGGUAGGUGCAAACUAUUACAUUUAGAAUGGAUAAACAAGGUCCUACUGUACAGCACAGGGAACUAUAUCCAGUCUCCUGGGAUAAACCGUAAUGGGAAAGAAUAUUAGAAAAAAGAAUGUAUGUGUAUAACUGAGCCACUUUGCUGUACAGCAGAGAUUGGCAUAGCAUAGUAAAUCAACUAUACACCAAUUUUUUUAAAAAAGUUGGUACAUGUACUAGACAGCACAAUACACUGGGAAUGAAUAUGGACAGAAGCACACAUCUUCCCUCCAAAUGUGGCUCCCAAAAGAAUUUUAACUAAAAGUCAGAAGAUUAAAACAAAUAAGUAUCAGGAAUUAGGCUAUCAGCAAAAUAUGGCUACAGCAUACUGAAAUGAAAGGGCAGUGUCCACAUCUGCCCUUCACCACUUAUUAAUAGAUAAUGUCUUAAAGUGAUGGUUUCCAGUAACCACAGUGAGGAACACUGCAUGGGGUGUAAAUGCUGUGCUCCUUUAUGUGACAAGAUGAAGAAAGGAGAAAUAGUGUGAGGCAGUAGCUAAUUCAGAAUAUGUGUAAUAAAAAUGUAAAAAUAAUUCCUUCUUCCUCCUAAUAUAUAAUAAGCAGAGAAAAAGGCAGAGAAUACACAAUAGGCACAUAAAGGCAAAAAAAAAAGCCAAAUUCUGUUUCCCCAUCCCCACUCAGGGAAGUAAAAGAGGUCAAAUCAAAGACUGUAUUAAAAUCAAGGAUCCCAUAGUAUUAUAAAUGUAAAUGUUAAAGGACAUAUCAAAGUUUCUUGUAGAUUGUGAAAUUCAUAUUUGACAUUUCAAGAGAAUGUUAAAAUGUUUUUUUAAGUUAAUAUAUGGAGAUGGUUAAAAAAUUUUUUAGAAUGGUGCUAAAGGCCUAUACAUGAAAAGUUGGGUCGUUCUCUCUCAUUUCCCAUCCCUCAGUCUCCCUGUUCUUCUCCACAGAGGUAACCACUCUUGUUGGGUUCCUGUGUAUCCUUCCAGAAAUUGUCACACGCAUGUGCAUACACCCCUGCACACACACAAAGGGGAGCAUACCACGCAUACUUACUAUAGCUCGAAGAGGGCUCCAUGUCAAUACAUAUACCUUUAUCUCUUUUUGGCCAUGUGGUAUUCCACAUAGACCAUAAUUUAUUAGCCUCACAUUGGUGGAAAUGAGAGUGGGUUCCAGUCUGGGACCAUUAUAAAUGAUGCAAUGAAUUUCCUCAUCUUUAUGCUCAUGUAAGAGUACGUCUGUAAGAUAAACUUGGUGGGAAUUUUUCAAAAUAAAGUUUUAUAUCCUACAUAAAAUGGUACAUAGUGUAUUUCCAAUGACGUUGAGUGAACUUCAUGUUCUAAUUCCAGUUUGAGCAUGUGCUUCACAAGGAAAAGUCAGCUCUUGGUUAUCUAUGAAAGGGUUGCCCUGUGAGGAUUUUCAUGUAGCGGCUCUGGCUGAGCCUCCUGCUGCAGCACUGGUCAAAAAGGGACUGAGGCCGAGGCGAAGGAGAUGCUGGCGAGGCGGCAGCGCGAUCCCCUCCAGUUCCUGCAGCGUCGCAGUCAGGAGCUGAAGCAGCAGCUUGAUGAUUUGCUUUCUGAGAGCCGACUGAAAGGAGCUCUAGAAGCCAGUAAAAGGCGAGAUAUUUACCAAAGAUGUAUCCAAUUAAAACAGGCAAUAGAUGAAAAUAAAAAUGCUCUUCAAAAAUUAAGCAAAACUUAUAUUCUCUCACAGGCUGAUGAACCUGCCCCUGUUGGGAGUUACAAUCAGACGAAAGAGGAGGAACACAAUCUUUUGGAUAAGCUUACCCACCAACUGCAGGAACUUGCUGUGUCCAUAAGUAGAGAAAAUGUCGCUGAAACUGGGGCGCUUACUGAAGGAGAGGACGAUGACAAUUCUGCUGAAGAAGAUGAAGAAGAAGAAGAAGAAGAGGCCACAAGUGGAGAAUACAUUGCUGUUGGAGAUUUUAUGGCUCAGCAAGUCGGAGACCUUACAUUUAAGAAAGGGGAAAUUCUCCUUAUAAUUGAAAAAAACCCUGAUGGUUGGUGGAUGGCUAAUGCCAAAGGAAACAAAGGUCUUAUUCCCAGAACAGACUUGGAGCCCUGUAAUAAAGAAUAAGGCCAGGAGUCUAGUGAAGAAGGCAGUGAAGAAGAUGUAGAGGUAGAAAUGGCAGAAGGAGCAGAAGUUAAACAAAGAACCGAUUCUCAUCGGAGUGCAGUCCGAAAAGCCAUCUCAGAGCAGAUUAACACCGUCGACGUAUUGACCACGAUGGGAGCUAUUCCUGCCGGGUUCAGGCCUUCCACCCCCUUCCAGCUUCUAGAGCAAGGGGAUCAAUUUCGAGCAAGUUACUUCUUACAACCAGAGCUCACUACUUCACAACUGGCCUUCAGAGAUCUAAUGUGGGAUGCUAAAACAGGCUCUAUUAGGUCAAGACCAAGUUGUGUUUCUUUGAUUCUGACCCUCUGGAGCUGUAAGAUGAUUCCUCUCCCAGGAGUGAGCAUCCAGGUUCUGAGCAGACACGUGCGCUUCUGUCUGUUUGACGGCAAUAAGGUUCUGAGCAACAUUCAUACAGUCAGGGCCACGUGGCAACCUAAGAAACCCAAAACAUGGACCUUUUCUCAGGUUACUGGCAUCUUGCCCUGCUUGCUUGAUGGUGACUGUUUCAUCAGGUCCAAUUCUUCUUCUCCAGAUCUUGGAAUAUUAUUUGAACUUGGAAUUUCUUAUAUUCACAAUUCAACUGGUGAAAGAGGAGAAUUAAGUUGUGGCUGGGUGUUUCUUAAACUUUUUCAUGCCAGUGGAAUUCCUAUUCCAGCAAAACCUUAUGAACUCUUCUUGAAUGGAGGCACCCCAUAUGAAAAAGGUGUUGAAGUGGACCCUUCAGUAUCCAGAAGGGCACAUGGUAGUGUUUUCCAUCAGAUGAUGACAGUGAGAAGGCAGCCUCAACUUCUAGUAAAACUGAGAUCUUUGAACAGAAGAUCAAGGAACAUGCUAAGUCUACUGCCGGAAACAUUAAUGGGAAGUAUGUGCUCCGUUCAUUUGUUGAUAUUUUAUCGCCAGAUUCUUGGAGAUGUGCUCCUGAAAGACAGGAUGAGCAUGCGCAGUGCUGAUUUAAUUAGUAAUCCAGUGCUGGCCACCUUCCCCAAGCUCUUGGAGCAGCCUGACAUAAUGGAUGCACUCAGCAGUUCCUGGGCUGAGAAAGAGAGUACAUUAAAAAGAUCAGAGAAGAGAGACAAGGAGCUACUGAAGACCGUGUUCCUCCUGGUUUACCACGACCCCCUCCUCCACUCCGUGGUCCUGCCCCCGUUCAGGUGGGCAGAGGAGGAGACAGAGGCUGCCGGUUGGAAGGUCAUCGCCAACUUCCUCAAGCAAAACCAAGAAAACGAGGGCGCCCUCCAGGCUCUGCUGUCGCCAGCCGGGCUCCAUGAACCUUUCGGCAUUUCAGAGCAGACCUAUGACUUCUUGGGUGAAAUAAGAAAGAAUGCAGCCUGACAGCGGUGCCCCUUGACCUUCCACUUCCCGCUGAAUCUGAUAGACCCUCCAUGACAACCUGCAUUACGUGACAAAACCAGAAGUAGCUGUCCCAUCACAACUUAGGCUUCAUUCUUUUCUGUUCAGGCCACAUUCUAUAAGAAAUAUUUAUCUGAUAAUUUGAAUAUGUGUUAAUACAAUGAAGUAAAUUUUUAUAAGGACUACUAUUAUAUCUAAAGUUAAAGAGAAUUUUUUUUCAAAAACCAACUAACAAAUUUUUGUUUUGUUUCUCCUUUUCUUUUUUAUUGAGUAUAGUUGAUUUACCAUAUUAUGAAAGUUUCAGGUGUACAAUAUAGUGAUUCACAAUUUUUAAAGAUUAUACUCCAUUUAAAGUUAUUAAUACUGGCUAUAUUCCCUGUGCUGUACAAUAUAUCCUUGUAGCUUAUUUAUUUUAUACUUAAUAGUUGUGCCUCUUAAUCCCCUACCUGUAUCUUACCUCUCCCCACUGGUAACCACUAGUUUGUUCUCUA